UAUUGUUUAAACACUGUGUAGUAAGUAAUAAGAAAAACUUAAACUUAAAGUUGAUUGUUUAUUUUUGCUUAUAAAAGUGAAAAAAAUGGCUAAUCGUCUAAAUAAAUUUAUAUUGUUGAUGUGGAAGAAUUGGACGCUUUUGCGACGUCGCCCGAUUCAAGCAACUUUUGAAAUUAUUUAUCCUGUACUAAUAUGUUUAAUUCUUGUUGCCGUAAGAGGCUUAAUUAAUGUUAGUGAAGAAGGACCAAAAAUUUAUAACRCAUUUAAACCGGAMUUGYGACAAUUAUGUAAUUUCGAAAACUGUGGCAACAUUACCAUGGCGUAUUCGCCAAGCAGCCCUUUGUUAGACAAAAUAUUUGAAAAUCUUUGCAAUAAUACCUCAUAUCCACCGGGUGUAUAUUUUAUUACUCAGAGUUAUGCGACUGCGGCUGAUCUGGACGCUGCUAUAGCAAAAAAUAAAUUUAAUUUCGUUUUACAAAUGGACGAUUCUUUAUUAGGACUUAAUGACAGCAGCAAUCUUCCCGAUAACGUUGAUGUGACACUACGGUUUCCAUCAGAAUAUUCAACAGGUUCAAGAAGAGAAUGGUAUACAAAUUUAGUGUACCCAGUUUUUCAAACACCAGGCCCAAGAGAUAGUGAUGACGCAUGGGGUGGAGAUCCAGACUACAUGUAUCGAGGGUUCCUCUAUGUACAAACAAUUAUUACUGCAAUAUUUCUAAAUAAUGGUAACAGUGUUGAUUUGAAUCCAGUAGUGGAAAUGCAACGUUUCCCCUAUCCAAAAUGGCUAAAUGAUGCAUUUUACAUUGAUCAAAUGGAAACAAUGGUGUCGCUAAUGAUAAUGAUGAGUUUUAUGUUUAACUACGUUAACGCUAUUAGGGCCAUAACAACAGAAAAAGAAAAACAACUCAAAGAAUCUAUGAAAAUCAUGGGUCUCCCCGGCUGGUUACAUUGGGUAGCAUGGUUCCUGCGUAGCUUUGUUAUUUUACUAAUAGCAAUAAUUUUAAUCACUAUUGUGUUGAAAGUAAAUUUUCAAAAAAAUCCAGUGUUUGUGCACACCGAUGGAACCGUCUUAUUCGUAUUUCUUAUACUUUUUGCAUGCAGCACCAUAACGUUUACUUUUCUAAUAAGCGUGUUUUUCUCAAAAGCAAAUACUGCAACUGCUGUGGGCAGUUUAGUCUUCUUCCUUACAUAUUUACCGUACACAUUGCAGCAACAACAAGGUGAUAUAGUGUCUUUAGGUGCAGCAGUAGCCUCAAGUCUCUUUGUUAAUUCUGGACUGUCUUUUGGCAUAUCAACUAUGCUAAAAUUUGAAGCAAUUGAAGAAGGGAGUCAAUGGAGUAAUUUGUUUUCAACUGCAUCCCCCGAUGAUAACUUAACACUUGGUGCAUUUUUCCUAAUGUUUAUACUUGACACAUUCUUGUAUUUGGUUAUUGCUCUGUACAUAGAAGCAGUGUUUCCAGGCGAAUUUGGAGUACCACAACCUUGGUACUUUCCUGUCACACGAGCUUAUUGGUGUAAUGAUGUUCAAGCUAUGGGUACUGAACACUCGUUUGAGAAGAAGGGAGAAUUUUAUGAAGAAUUUACCGAAAAUUUCCCAGUUGGUAUACAGUUGAAAAAUCUAUCAAAAACAUUUGGAAGCAAUAGAGCAGUUAAAAAUUUAAAUUUGGAUAUGUAUGAAGGACACAUUACUGUUUUACUUGGUCAUAAUGGUGCAGGUAAAACAACAACAAUGUCUAUGAUAACCGGAAUGUUUCCACCUACGAGUGGAACGGCUAUAGUAAGUGAAUACGACGUUAGAACUAGUAUAGAAAAUGUUCGUGACAGUAUGGGUUUGUGUCUUCAACACAAUGUCUUGUUUGAUAAUUUAACAGUUUGGGAACAUUUAUAUUUCUUCGGUAAAUUAAAAGGAUUAAGGGGCGAUGAAAUUAAUGAAGAAAUUGAUCAUUACCUCAAACUUCUCGAAUUGGAAGAUAAGAGAGAUGCGCGUUCAAGUACUUUAUCUGGAGGUAUGAAACGAAAAUUAAGUGUCGGAAUGGCUCUUUGUGGGAAAUCUAAAGUGGUGAUGCUCGAUGAACCAACUGCGGGGAUGGACCCUUCAGCGAGGAGAGCUAUUUGGAACUUACUGCAAAAGCAAAAGAGCGGACGAACUAUUUUAUUGACAACGCAUUAUAUGGACGAAGCUGAUUUAUUAGGUGAUAGGAUUGCUAUAAUGACAGGUGGUGAAUUGCAAUGUUGCGGAUCUAGCUUCUUCUUAAAGAAAAAAUACGGUGCUGGUUAUUAUCUAAUCAUGGAUACAACACCAAAUUGUCAACCGUCAAGAAUCACUAAUCUACUGAAAAAUUACAUACCAAACAUACAAGUCCAUUCUCAUGUUGGCUCUGAGCUAACUUAUCAAUUACCUGAAAACGAAUCAUGGAAAUUUGAAAAAAUGUUAGGCCAGUUAGAAAAUGAAAGUACCACUUUGGGUGUGCAAAGUUACGGAGUAUCACUAACAACACUUGAAGAAGUUUUCAUGAAAGUCGGUGCCGAUCAUGAUAACCAAAUUUCGAAAAAAAUUAACGAAAAAGAAAGUGCAAUAAACGUGGAAGACUCUGGUUUAAGUAGUUUGAACAUAAGCCACCUGAGUGGUUUUGAAUUAAUGAGAAAUCAGUUCAUAGCGAUGGUUUUGAAGAAAAAUUUGUCUCUUCUAAGGACWUGGUACUUGUUCCUACUCCAAGUUAUUCUACCUGUUGCACUUUUAGUAAUCACAGUUUUAAAUGCCAGAGGUUACGAACCCAAAACGUCCUUCCCCGCCUUGAAAAUGUCUCUAGAUUCUUACAAUGAACCUAUAACACUGCUUGAAAAUGGUAGUUCAUUGGCUAACAUAUAUGCAAAAGUGCUAAAUGGGUAUCCAGUAACACCUGUUGAUGAUCUUACAACGGAAAUCCUAGAUUUGACAAAAGACUCACCACCAACUGUAAAAAGGCAUUACAUUGUAGGCGCAUCUUUCAACGACACAACGGCCACUGCUUGGUUUAAUGGUGACCCUUAUCACGCAAUAUCGCUAUCCCUGAGUCUUGUUUUGGAUACAAUUUAUAAAAGCAAAUUUGGGGAGAAAAAAUCCAUUAAUUUUAUUAACCACCCCCUUCCACUAAGCCAGGAAGCUGAACUCCAAAACAUGCAAUUUAACGUGAUGGUGUACCAAAUAGGAAUGGAACUAGGAUAUGGAAUGGCGUUUGUGGCUAGUUUCUAUAUUUUAUUUUAUAUCCGAGAACGAGUUACUAAAUCCAAACAUUUACAAUUUGUUUCCGGUGUAAAUGCUUUUGUGUUUUGGGGAACUGCUUUUCUUUGCGAUCUAAUUACAUAUCUAAUAACAAUUAUCUUUGUCCUAAUCACACUUGCAGCUCUUCAAGAGGACGGUUUUAAGACACCUGAUGAAAUAGGUCGCAUAACUUUAGUACUUGUUUAUUUUGGCUUUUUUGUUUUACCAUUCGUUUAUUUAACGUCGUACUUGUUUAGUAUUCCAUCCUCCGGCUUUUCGAGAAUGAUGUUGUUAGGAGCAGUUUCUGGUAUUGUUGGGAUUACGGCAAUGCAAGUCUUGGAAAUUGAAAGUCUAGGUGUUUUGUACGUAGCAAGACCUCUCCAUUGGGUACUUCUUUUUGUGCCUUUCUACACCGUUGCUAAAGGUGCUUAUGACGUGGGUUCAAUAAGUAGUUUAAGAGAUAUUUGUCUAAAAAAUGGUGCAAGUUAUGAACAAGCUUGUGUGGCCAACUCAAUGUGUUGCAAUAUCGAUGACUAUUAUUCUUUUGGUAGCCCUGGUAUUGGGCGAAAUAUAGUUGUUUCAUUUCUCAUGUCUUUUAUCCUCUUUGUUGUACUCUUGGUCAACGAAUACGGUUUCUUCAGUUACAUUAUGAACAAAAUUGUUAAUUACAACAAACCGCCUCUUCAAAACGUAGCUCUCGAAAGUGAUGUACAAAAAGAAAACGAAAAAAUCAGAAAUACGCCUGAAAACGAGCUCACAGAAACUUACUCGCUCGUCCUCCGGGAUGUAACAAAAUAUUACAAGAACUUCCUCGCGGUGAAUGGCCUGUGUCUAGGUGUGAAACCUUACGAAUGCUUCGGGUUGUUGGGGGUGAACGGUGCUGGUAAAACUACCACUUUUAAAAUGAUGACCGGCGAUGAGCAAAUCUCGUAUGGUGAGGCUUGGGUGCAAGGACAUAACAUAAAAACAGAACAAAAAGAAGUCCAAAAACUGAUCGGUUAUUGCCCCCAGUUUGAUGCCUUGUUAGAUGAUCUCACGGUCAAAGAAACCUUGCUGAUUUUUGGGCUCAUCCGAGGAGUUCCUUUCAAUAAAUGCAUCCCUUUGGCCGUAAACCUUGCUCACGAGUUUGACUUUUUCAAACAUAUCAAUAAAAAAGUGAAGGAAUUGAGCGGAGGAAACAAGAGGAAAUUGAGCACGGCUCUUGCCUUGAUCGGGGAUCCCCCAAUUAUUUACCUCGACGAACCCACCGCAGGAAUGGAUCCGGCGACAAAACGGUUUCUAUGGACCGCUCUUGCUAAGUUAAGAGAUCGGGGGAAAUGUAUCGUUUUGACUUCACAUAGUAUGGAAGAAUGUGAAGCUUUAUGCACAAGAAUUGCUAUCAUGGUUAAUGGCACUUUCCAGUGUCUGGGAUCUACCCAACGGUUGAAAAAUAAAUUUGCUCAAGGUUAUGCCCUGACGAUAAAAGUGAAAAAACACGCCGAUAAAGUCUGUCUUGAUGAUGAAAUUUCCGUUAUCGAUAGGUUUAUUCAAACACACUUUCCGGGAGCUGAACUGAAAGAAAAGUAUCAAGAGUUGGUGUCGUACCAGUUGAAUAACAAUAAUUCCUUAACAUGGUCAAAAAUGUUUGGUAUUUUGGAAAGAGGCAAGAAAGAUCUCAACAUAGAGGACUAUUCGUUGGGACAAUGCAGUCUAGAACAAGUCUUUUUAAGCUUUACAAAGUAUCAAAAUUAGUAUUCGGCAUUUGCCAAGAGAGGACAUAGAUAAUUUUUAAAAUUAUAUUUAUUAUAUAGGUAAUAUAUUUUUGUACUGCAACGUACGAAAUACAUGUUUUUGUUUUAAA